UAACGGGACCGAGCCGCUGUGUCCGCCACACGUUCUCUACUCGCACAGCGGAAUGGUUCAAAAUGAAGAAUAACUGCGUUUUAAUGUAAUUGAAGAUGCGUCACGAAGAAACAGACUGAAGUACUGACGGGACAAGUAAAGUAAGAUAAAGAUUAUCUCCAACGUAGUUAAAAGUGGCGACAAAAGGAGCGGCAGCGCUGAAAUAACUGAAGACGGUCCCACAAUGCAAAGCGACAAAUCAGGGCCGCAGGAUCCGAGCGCGAGCCACGCUGAGAAGAAGGAGCCGUGCCACGAGGAGCCGGAAGUCGCCAAACCAAAGGGGAUCAGUGCAGUGGCGGUGCUGUGGACAUUUGGCAAAUGUCUGGGGGCCCUGCUGCCCGUCUACCUGGCUGGGUACUAUCGGGUCAGUACCAGCCUGUUGGUGUUUGGGAUGAUGGUCUACACGGGAUGGAAACAUGCCCGAGAGGCCAAGGAGGCUCGCCUCAAGUCAGCCAUGCAGCUGCACAACAACCAGCAGGAGGGUAUGGACCUGAACAUGUCCAAAAUCAAAGGAGACCUGCCUGCCUGGGUCAAUUUUCCAGAUGUUGAAAAGGUUGAAUGGCUCAAUAAGGUGCUGCAGCAGGUGUGGCCCUUUGUUGGGCAGUACCUCGAGAAGCUGCUUGUGGAAACCAUUGCUCCAUCUAUCCGAGCUUCAAGUAGCCACCUGCAGACGCUCAGCUUCACAAAGGUGGACAUGGGUGACAAGGCUAUGAAGGUCGUAGGCAUCAAAGCACACACAGAGAAUGACAAGGGCCAGGUUCUGCUCGAUCUGUAUAUUAGCUAUGUUGGAAAUGUUGAGAUCAACGUUGAGGUGAAGCGAUACUUCUGCAAAGCAGGAGUCAAAGGGAUACAGCUUCAUGGGAUGAUGCGGGUCAUUUUGGAGCCUCUAAUUGGAGAUGUGCCCAUUGUGGGUGCGGUCACCAUGUUUUUCAUCCGGAGGCCUAAACUAGACAUCAAUUGGAGUGGGCUCACUAAUUUGUUGGACAUCCCUGGACUGAAUGUCAUGUCUGAUAGCAUGAUUAUGGAUGCCAUUGCUUCCUUCUUGGUGCUCCCCAACCGCUUGGUUGUCCCACUUGUUCAAGGCCUGCAUGUGGCUCAGCUGCGCUCUCCUUUACCCCGGGGUGUGGUACGGAUCCAUCUACUAGAGGCAGACAAUCUGGCAGCUAAGGACAGCUACGUAAAAGGGGUCAUGGCUGGUUUGUCUGACCCCUAUGCUGUGGUUAGAGUGGGUCCUCAAAUCUUCACCUCCAAACAUGUAGACAACACAGUUUCUCCAAAGUGGGCAGAGACGUAUGAGGUUAUAGUCCAUGAAGUGCCUGGUCAGGAGUUGGAGGUGGAAGUAUAUGACAAAGACCCAGACCAGGAUGAUUUCCUGGGAAGGACCAAAUUGGAUUUGGGUAUAGUGAAGAAGUCUAUCGCUGUAGAUAAUUGGUUCAAUUUGAAAGACGCUCACUCAGGACGUGUGCAUCUCAGACUGGAGUGGUUGGCCUUGCUGCCGAGUACGGAUCAACUGGAGCAGAUCCUGAAGAGAAAUGAAAGUGUGACUAGUACGAAUGCUGAUCCACCUUCUUCGGCCAUCGUGGUUGUGUAUCUGGACAAGGCUGAGGCACUUCCUAUGAAGAAGGGAAAUAAGGAGCCCAAUCCCAUGGUGCAGUUGACUUUACAGGAUGUAACUAAAAAGAGCAAGACUUGUUAUGCAACCAUCAAUCCAGAGUGGGAGGAGGCGUUCACCUUCUUCAUCAAAGAUCCCCGCAAGCAGGACAUUGAGAUUCAAGUGAAGGAUGCUGACUGUGCGCAGACUUUGGGCAGUCUGACCAUCCCCUUGUCCCGUCUGCUGUCCAGUCCGAGCCUUUCUCUGGACCAGUGGUUUCAGCUGGACAAGUCUGGAUCUGCCAGUCGUAUCUAUAUCAGCACAGUUCUCAGGGUCAUGUGGUUAGAUGAGGACCGCAUUCAGUCUGAUGCUUCAUCUAAUCUGGAGUCUGGAUUGUCUAAACAGCGGCCCCAGCAGACCUCCCCUCAUCCAAGCUUUGCAACAGAGGGACUUCUCAGAAUUCAUGUGCUGGCAGGCCAAAAUCUUGUCCCUAAAGAUAAUCUAAUGGGGGGCAUGGUGAAGGGAAAGAGUGAUCCCUAUGUCAAAGUCAACAUUGGGGGAGAAACUUUUACAAGUCGAGUUAUUAAGGGUAAUCUUAACCCCACCUGGAAUGAGAUGUAUGAGGUGAUUCUAACUCAGCUGCCAGGCCAGGAGCUGCAUUUAGAGGUCUUUGAUAAAGACAUGGACGUGAAAGAUGACUUCAUGGGCAGGCUGAAGAUCAGUCUGCAGGACAUCAUUGAGUCUCAGUACACUGAUCAGUGGUAUAGUCUCAGUGGUGUGAAGUCUGGUCGAGUUCAUCUGGUACUGGAAUGGGUUCAAACAGCCACAGAGUCAGACACAUUGGACCAGGUUCUUCAGUUCCAUUCCAGACAGUCCUUCCAGAACAAAGCAGUUCUGUCAGCAGGACUUUUGUUUAUCUACGUCGAGCAAGCAGACAAUUUACCAGUGAAGAAGAGCGGUAAAGACCCAAAAGUUGGUGCUGAACUCACUCUUGGAGAAAUGUCCUACAAAACUACGGUGUGCGAUCGCACCACAUCACCUCAGUGGAAUGAAGCAUUCAGUUUCCUGGUUCAUGACCCCAGAGAAGAUGUUCUUGUAGUCAAGCUGUCUCACACCUGGACCUUGCCCAUUGGUUCUCUGAUCAUUCCUAUCAAAGAGCUGCUCUCUGAACCACAGCUGGUUCUGGACCAGUGGUUCCAUUUGGAUGGAGCAUCACCUGAUAGCCAGAUCCUGCUGAAGGCUGAACUGAAGAUGCUGAUUCCUAGAAAAUGUCCAGUGAUCAUUGACAAGCCUAAAGUCUUAUCAGCGGCUGAGUCCUCUCCUGCUCAUCAAAAACAGGAGAAAGAAACCGUGCUGAGGUCAAGUUCAGUGGAUCCUCCUCCUUUGGAGACUGUUGUCUCUCAGGAGUCUUCACAUGAGGAUGUUGACAUGGACAAAAUGUCAGCUGAUGUGGUUGAAGAGCAGGAAGAAGAAUUUCAAAGUCCUACCAUAACACGACCUCCACGUGCUUCCCCAGAUAGCAGCUUUGCUAAAGAGGGCCUGCUUAGAAUACACCUGUUGGAGGCACAGAGUUUGAUUGCCAAAGAUAAACUGAUGGGGAUGGUGAAAGGAAAGAGUGACCCCUAUGCCAAGAUCAGCAUUGACAAAAUCAUGCUUAAGAGUAACGUAAUCAAGGAGAAUCUCAACCCAGUUUGGAAUGAGAUGUAUGAGGUGGUGCUGAGGCCUCAGGCAGAACUAGAGGUGCAGGUGGAGCUUUAUGACAAAGACGUGGACAAAGACGACUUCUUAGGCAGAUUUAAAGUCAGUGUGGCAGAUAUCAUCCAGUCCCAGUACACAGACAAGUGGUACCCGCUGAAUGAUGUCAAGUCUGGCCAUGUCCAUCUGAUACUGGAGUGGGUUCCCACAGAGUCUCAGAAUGAUGCACUGGACCAGGUGAUGCAACUCCAGUCUCUCCAGACUUAUCAGAAUAAGAGUGUCUCCUCUGCAGCCCUGCUCUUUGUUUAUGUGGACAGAGCAGACACUCUGCCAUUUAAGAAGAGUGGGAAGGAGCCCAAGGCUGGUGCCGAGCUUGUUUUGGGAAACACGAGCUAUAAAACAAAGGUGUGUGAUCGCUCGAGAUCACCACAGUGGAAGGAGGCGUUCCACUUCUUGGUUCGUGACCCCAGAGAGGAGACGCUUAUCUUGAAGCUGUCCAGUGCAUGGGAACAACCACUGGGAUCUCUGGUGGUUCCGGUCAAAGAUUUGCUGUCAGAGCCGCAGCUGGUACUGGACCAGUGGUUCCAUCUGGAUGGAGCUUUACCUGAGAGUGAGAUCCUGCUGCGAGCUGAAAUGAAGAUUCUGAACUCACACAUGGCUGAAGCUCCCCAGCCAUCUGGAUCUGGUUCAGAGGAAGAAGAGAUGGUCAUCACCACUGAUCCGUCAAUCACAGCAAAGAGUGAAGAGGAGGAAAUCUCUGAGCUGCCUCCUGCAGAGUUUGGUGCAGCAUCCAUUCAGCCAGGACUCUCUGAAGCAGCAGAAAUUGAUGCGUUAGCUGCCACAGAAGAUCCAGCUGUUGAACCAGCACCUGUCAUUUACGCAUCACCUGUUUCUGCAGUGGAGGAGUCCACAGAUUCAGAACAUCCCUCACUGUCAAACACAGAAGACAAAGGAGACUUUGAACCCCAGCAAAGGCAGGGGACUGGUUUGGACCAUCUUGCUCAGUCCACAGUGGCCAGCCUUCCCACUGACACUCUGCAGGCCCUAGAGCUCAUAGAUGACCCCGGAUACAGUGAAGUCCUUCCGCCACACACCAACCCCAGCCAGGAGUUUGGUAAAGAGGGGGUGCUGAGGAUUCACCUACUGGAGGCCCAGAGUCUGGUUGCCAAAGAUAACCUGAUGGGGGGAAUGGUAAAGGGCAAGAGCGACCCCUAUGUCAAGAUCAGUGUUGGUGUGGUUACAUUCAAGAGUAAAGUGAUCAAAGAGAAUCUCAACCCAACCUGGAAUGAAAUGUAUGAGGUGGUUUUAAAUGGACGCAGUGUCCAGGAGAUCCAGUUUGAGUUGUUCGAUAAGGAUUUAGAUUCUGAUGACUUCCUGGGCAGAUUCAGUGUUAAUCUAAAUGACAUCAUUAGGUCACAGUACACAGAUCAGUGGUACACCCUGAAGGAUGUGAAGUCUGGACAGGUUCAUGUCAUACUGGAAUGGGUUCCUACAGUCUCACACGCAGCCAGACUUGACCAGGUACUGCAGCUUCAGUCCCUUCAAGCUUACCGGAACAAAGUGCUGCCAGCUGCCGCUCUGCUUUUCGUCCAUGUAGACAGCGCAAAUGCAUUACCCAUGAAGAAGAGUGGAAAAGAACCCAAAGCUGGAGCUGAGCUUGUUCUGGGUGAAACAUCCUACAGAACCAAAGUAUGUGACCGCAGUACAAGUCCCCAGUGGAACGAGUCUUUCCACUUCCUGGUCCGUGAUCCGAAGCAUCAGAUGCUUGUCUUGAAGCUCUUCAGCGGCUGGGAGCAGCCAAUGGGAUCGCUGGUGGUUGCAAUGAGAGAGUUGUUGGCAGAACCGCAGCUGUUCCUGGACCAGUGGUUCCAUCUGGAUGGAGCCUUACCUGAGAGUCAGAUCCUCCUGAGAGCUGAACUCAAGAUUCUGGAUUCCAAACUGGUGGACAUGAUAAGUGCAGGGACUCUCCCCUGUGCUGUGGCUGGCUGUGGCACAGGCCAGGUGAAGUUAUCUCUGUCUUAUGACUCACAAGAGAGGAGGUUCAUCGUCAUUGUUCAUGCCUGCAGGGGUCUGCCUUCUCAAAGUAAGGAUGGAGUUGACAGUUAUGUUUCCCUCAUGCUGCUACCAGACAAAAACAAGGCAAGCAAGGGGAAGACGGCUGUGAAAAAACGAGACCUCAACCCAGAAUACAAUGAGAGGUUUGAAUAUGAUCUUUCCAUGGAGGAGACGAGAUUCAGGCGCCUUAGUGUAUCGGUGAAGAACAGCUCGGCGUUGUUCAGGAGCCGUGAUAUCAUCGGACAGGUGCAGAUCGAGUUGGCUCAGAUUGACCUGGUCUCUGGGGUCACAGAAUGGUUCAAUCUAAAAGAUGAAGAUGAGUAGCGGCUGCGACUGCUUGUGUCACUGAUGGCGUUUUUAAUCUGCUUCACGCUACACCACUACUGCGUCUCACACGAUGCCUUCACUUCCUGCACUUUCGCUGUACCUGCCUCGCUCUCAGUGUGUUAACAGACCUAAAUGACUGUGGUGCACAGUCACAUAAAUCAGUAAUCUAACCAGGCUGAACUAGCUGAGUGGGUAAACAGUUACAUUAAGUUCUGCGUGACAGAAAGGUGUGUUUUAUUUGAGAUAAUGAUGUGAAGAAAAAGCUGGAGUAAGUGAACAGUGUGAAGGUGUACAGGCCCAGAAGUUAGUUUUUGUUGCUUAUUUUGCUCUUUUUGUGGCCAUAUUGAAAAAAAAAAAGUACAGCAGUAUCAUGUUUGAAGGGCAGCAACAUUUUUAGAACGUAAGUUACUUUGAUGUAUCGUCCAUGAAUGCUACUAUUUCAGUGUUUUGAAUUGUUGGAACGAAAGGACAACAUUGUAUUAUUUUAUAUUUAAAUUGACUGCAGCGAUUCAGUGCUUUACAAUCACGCUUUACAGGAAUCCCAUGCACACAGAUAAGAACAGUGUCAACGUUUUACCGUGGCUGCUCCCACACACAGUGUUUUCUGUUUUUGAGGUAUUUUUGUGUGAUUUCUUUUUUAAAUCAUGAAUUCGUUGCACCUGUGUGUCAAAUGCAUCAUAUACUUGAUUCUGUGCAUAUUUGCAAAGAUUAUGGAUCAGAUCAGAUGCUGUUAUUGAAGGAUUGCCAACAAAAUGACAAUAAAAAUAUUCAUC